AGCGUCCGUCGGACAUGACCAUUGGCACACGAUUCGGUGUUUGCCUGAUUUUAAGCCUUUUAUGGCCAUAGACUUUCGUAUAGGGAAUCGAAUUUCACGUACAAAAACAAAUUUCAACGUUCUCUCAAAAAAGCAUGUGCAUAUACAUAUGUAUGUCUGUGCGUGAGAAUGUGUGUAUGUGUGUGUGUGAGAUACGCCACUUGCCAGUUCGCAGAGCAUUUAAAUAGAAUUCCCGUGCUGCCACCGACACCGCCGAUAGACGGAUACGGAUACGAUCGGACGAUGACUAUGACCGGCGUGUGAAAAAUUGCGUAACAUGGAGGAUCUGGUGCGGGAGAAAGUCAUGGCCUAUGAAGAUUGUGACAACAGUAGCAUCAAAAACAACAAAUCACAAAUGUGCAACAGCUCAAGAAGAUCGCACAAGUUGCCCCAAGUGCCACCAAACGGCAUGAUUGCUACAAUACUGCCAUUCAUUAAACUAGACCCAGAUGGAGGUCAGAUCGUCGAAACGGAAGUCUGGCAGCACAUGUCAGUAACUGAUCACAUGCGCCUGGACCCAUUGAUUACCAAUAAGCUGUUGCUACAGGGAUCCGAUGAUCCAUUGAUUUCGCACGGAGCCAGCAAUGAUCCGCACGAUGAAGACCAGGACUACUCAUUCAAGACGCUGCUAGCUCGCAGAGCGGAGGAGCAGCAUACAAUGCAGCAUGGAGCAUGUAGCACGGUCACAAAGCAACAGCUCAAGGCUAAUCUGAUGAAUGCUAGGAAAUCCCAGAGACCCAUCCCGGUGCAAGAGGUAGCCGUGGCCACGCAAAGAGUGUCCCAACAAGGCAAAUCAAAGAAACGCCCUACAUCCAAUACAGGCGCGGUCAAAUUGCGUUUCCACCAUCAGGCCUUGCCGGCAGAAUACGCUGCGCACUAUGAGGCAACUCAGAGACGCCAUUUGUCCAACACACGAACAGCUCCAUCUGCAGCCCCAGCCGCAAAGCUCACACAUCCGCCGCAGAGCCAGUCGCACGAGAAUGUACGCAGUUGGCUGAAAAAGAUAGCCGAAAUUCAGCGGAGUGCGGAACGACAGCAACAAGAACAGGAAUUGUGCAAGGACCUUCGAUCAGAGCAACCAUCGGAGCCAAUACGGGUUGUCGCAACUCAGCCGCUGCAGUCCGUGGUAGAGGUGUCCAGCCCGAGGCGCGGUGCCAUUAAAUACGCUGACUUGCCUUACAUGGGCGAGAUCACCUUGGAUAACUACAAGCCUCGACGAGGCCGCAAGCCAAAGAAGGCGGACAUUUGUCAUUUAAUCUACAAGAAUUAUGGCACCAUUGUUCCAACCGACGUUCCUACUACAUCCGCUGAGCGCGGUCCACUGCUUGAGGCUAGGCUUCCAGCCGGUGGAAACGCGUCGAUACUCUCACAUCGUGUUGGGCCCAGCCCAUCCGCAGCUGCCGUUUUACUAGAGGAGCCACUGAAUCUCUGUCUGCGGGAUCAAUCCAGUGAUCGUUACUCAAUAUCAAGCGGCGACAGCGAUAAGCCGUCGACAGUGACAAAUGCAGGAAGCUACUCGCAGCGUGCCACGCCCUUGCCAGAUCCCACAGCGUCAACGAAGCCUAUAUCAAUUAAAUUUGCAAGGGAUAAGGAGGUCAGUGUGUCUGAGAAACUGUUGCUACAGCCUGUAGGAUUAAUCCAUCAAAAAUUCAUGGGCAAUUGCCGCUUGGGCGUACAAGUGGAAACCAUUGAAAAAGACAAUCAACUGUCAUUGAAAAUUCCUAUACCUAAUGGGUUCUUUGACACCAUAACCUCCAUCACCACGUCACCCAAUAAGCGAGAGCCGCUGGAACUCUCGAUCAACACCGUAACGCCGCCUGUCAUGCAGAAGCGUAAGCGAUCGGCAAUUUUUAUCCCCCCCAUACCAACCGAGCACAGCGGCAGCCCGUCUACCGAGGUCAGCAUUUGCAAGUUUAAGUUUACGGGCGGCGCUAAGCCCAUGCUGGAGGAAAAGAAGAUGCUGUCGGUGGAUGCCGAAGGGAACUAUCGCUAUUACAAUGGCACCGGCGACAGAAACCUGCGGGGCUAUGAGUUCAUAUCACGAGAGCAACAACAACAUCAACAGCAGUAUCAGACAUCAGUUUCAUCCAACACCAGCACCGAUAAACUAUAUAUUGAUAUACCACCACCCUCCACGGAUCUCAGCCUGGAGCAGCUGCACAUACCACCAGAAUCGCCAACGUCGUCUAUUUUCUUGCCGAGCAGCCUGGUGCCAGUAGCGUCGCAAAGUCCCUCCAAUUACUCCAGCUGCCAUAGUCCCAUACAACACGCAGCGCCCCAACCCGAGGAUUGCAAUAAACAAAUAGAUUCCCCAGAGAAGCUACAUGGAUCACUUGCGAACUCAAGACAGUUGACAGCGUCAGCAGCAAAGAGGGGCCGUUCGUCGCGCCGCUCCAAGCAGCGCGAAAAACUCGAAAAGACAUUCAAGGAAAAAGGAUUUCUGAUACAAACUCAACAACUGCAAUCGGCCGAAGGCGCCACGUAUUGUAAAUUCAGACAGCUGAAGAAGUUUACGCGCUACCUCUUUCGCAACUGGAAGGACCACAUACCGGAGAGUGACAUUUGCAAGCACCACCAAUGCAAGGAUGUUGUUGCUCGCGAUCAGCACAACGUUCUCGAGAAUAUACUAACCAGGCAAAAUGGCCUAGGUGUAGAUAAUUUGGCACCAGUGCAGGCUACAGCGAAGCAGGCCACAUAGGAGAUCCCGCAACAGCUUUAUACAAAUUACUAUGACUCUGAAUACACUGCCAAAGAUUGAUAGAUUUACGAAACAGAUGUCGAAAAAGAUUCUCUCGCUAGACAGCCAUUAUCUACAUACAAUGUUGAUUCCG